AUGAGGCAGGGCUGUGACAACGUCCGUCAGCGUGGUGGAACAUCAGGGAGGCAGGGCUGUGACAACGUCCGUCAGCGUGGUGGAACAUCAGGGAGGCAGGGCUGUGUCAACAUCCAUCAGUGUGGUGGACCAUCAGGGAGGCAGGUCUGUGACAAUGACCAUCAGCGUGGUGGGCCAUCAGGGUUUCAGGGCUGUGACAAUGUCCGUCAGUGUGGUGGAACAUCAGGGAGGCAGGUCUGUGACAACGUCCGACAGCGUGGUGGAACAUCAGGGAGGCGGGGCUGUGAAAACGUCCGUCAGCGUGGUGGAACAAGAGGGAGGCGGGGCUGUGACAACGUCCAUCAGCGUGGUGAAACAUCAAUGAGGCAGGGCUGUGACAACGUCCGUCAGCGUGGUGGAACAUCAGGGAGGCAGGGCUGUGACAACGUCCGUCAGCGUGGUGGAACAUCAGGGAGGCAGGGCUGUGUCAACAUCCAUCAGUGUGGUGGACCAUCAGGGAGGCAGGUCUGUGACAAUGACCAUCAGCGUGGUGGGCCAUCAGGGUUUCAGGGCUGUGACAAUGUCCGUCAGUGUGGUGGAACAUCAGGGAGGCAGGUCUGUGACAACGUCCGACAGCGUGGUGGAACAUCAGGGAGGCAGGGCUGUGACAAUGUCCGACAGCUUGGUGGAACAUCAGGGAAGCAAUUCUGUGUCAACGUCCGUCAGCGUGGUGGACCAUCAGGGACGCAGGGCUCUGACAACGUCAGUCAGCGUGGUGGCCCAUCAGGGAUUCAGGGCUGUGACAACGUCCGUCAGCGUGGUGGAACAUCAGGGAGGAAGGGCUGUGACAACGUCCGUCAGCGUGGUGGAUAA